AUGCCCUGUAACCAGAAGAAAUGUUGCUACAACGAAACAGAGAUGAACGGUACCUCUAAACUUUGUCUUGAAGGCCGCAGUUUGACAAAGACUGAGUCUAUUAUCAUGAUAAAAUGUCAUGUGAUUUUGGCCGUCGCAGCCCUUUUUUGCAGCUACCUCAUGCGCCGGGCGUUCCACAAAUUUCACAGUCUUCGAACUGCGUCAAACGUAAUCUUGGCGAGUUUGUUCAUUGCUGAUGGAUUGCUGACCAUCCCGUCCGUCGUAGACAUCUUACACUUGAAUCUCUUCUUAAGAGAUGAGCUUUCUUUGGUCUUGCAUUCUGAGAAACAUAAGCUCACGUUCCAGAUUCCUUCUCCUUUCAGUUGUCAUUCGUCACCUCGCCUUAAUCAGUUUGGAACGGUCCAUCGCCGUGAGGUUCUCCUUAUGAUACCACAUCAUAGUAACCGAUCGCCGCGCACUGAUCGUUUCUAUCGCCACGUGGCUGUGGGCUGCCGCCGUUAUGAUCGUUUUCCUACAGGUACUUAA